CGACUGUCCCUGGUGUCCAGUUCUCGGCCGAUGUUCAUCCUGGGGCCGUGCUCUGGGUUCGGUCCGGUGGCUCAGCGUCGAUGAGGGCGGUGGCGCUCCGAGAUACCAUAUAUCUCGACACCACCCUCGUCAAAGUCGACCAGAGUGCAUCUCUCUCGGCCCAUGACUUGCACGUUUCCAACGCCAUUCCGCUGAAUGCGGCGAUUGAUGCGCACCAACUUGGCGUUGUGAUGGUCCUCUAUGGCGAAGUAUACGUGAACAUCACAAACUUCUCGGUCCAGAACAUCUCAACAAGCUCCAAAAAUGGCGCUGCCGUGACCUACUGGGGAGCCAUCAAUGGCCAAGGCACCAUGAACAUCACUGUGGGAUCGGUCCGGAAUGUUGUUUCGUCAGGCGGCUCCUCGGUCUUCUUUGGAACCCACAACGCCAAAAUGUUUAUGACGAAUUUCAGCUGCUCGGCGCUUUCUGGUGGAGGUUGUGUCUAUCUCGAGGUCGGAUCGGUCGGUAUACUCACCAACUUCCACAUCGCCAACAGCCACGCAUCGCUCGGCAUUGGCAUUUUCACUGAGUUUGCGUUGGUCAAGUGGCUGGGAGGAUCCUGUAGGAACCUGAUCGCCGACACCUGGGGCUGCUGCGGUAAGGCGAUGUUCAACAUCACAAGACGGACAGAUUGCGCAUUGAGUCUAGCAAGCUAUGACCAACGGCGUGUGGACACGUUGGAUGAGCUGAAUUGAUGCUCUAUACAGUCGCCCUACGGUUUGGGUGGCUUUGUGAAUCCAUCGAUUGUCCAG